AUAGGAAGGUGGGCCACUGAAGUAGGAGUUUCUCAGAGCGCUGGGCCCCUAGGAGUGCUAGCAACCCGCCGCUGCCACCCUCCUCACGUCUGGCCGACUCUACUGACAGACUCUGACUUCUUGGAUGAACAGGCUCCUCUGGAAGAAUCAGCUGUGUGACAUGGUGCAGCCCAGUUGUGGCCUGGCAGGGGAGCAGGACAUGCUGGGUGAAGAGUCUUCUCUAGGGAAGCCAGCCAUGCUGCAUCUUCCUUCAGAGCAGGGCACUCCUGAGACCCUCCAGCGCUGUGUGGAGGAGAAUCAAGAGCUCCGAGAUGCCAUCCGGCAGAGCAACCAGAUGCUGCGAGAACGCUGUGAGGAACUGCUGCAUUUCCAAGUCAGCCAGAGGGAGGAAAAGGCUUUCCUUACGCACAAAUUCCAGGAGGCCAGGAAACUGGUAGAGAGACUCAGCCUGGAGAAGCUUGACCUGAAGCGGCAGAGGGAGCAGGCUCUGCAGGAGGUGGAGCACCUAAAGAGAUGCCAGCAGCAGAUGGCUGAGGACAAGGCCUCUGUGAAAGCCCAGGUGACAUCCUUGCUAGGGGAACUCCAGGAGAGCCAGAGUCGCCUGGAAGCUGCUACUAAGGAGCGGCAGGCUUUGGAGGGCAGGGCCCGGGCAGCCAGCGAGCAGGCCAGGCAGCUGGAGAGUGAGCGUGAGGCACUGCAGCAGCAGCACAGUGUGCAGGUGGACCAGCUGCGCAUGCAGAGCCAGAGUGUGGAGGCUGCCCUGCGCAUGGAGCGCCAGGCUGCCUCAGAGGAGAAGCGGAAGCUGGCCCAGUUGCAGGUGGCCUAUCACCAGCUCUUCCAAGAGUAUGACAACCAUAUCAAGAGCAGUAUGGUGAGCAGCGAGCGAAAGCGAGGAAUGCAGCUGGAUGAUCUCAAGCAGCAGCUCCAGCAGGCUGAGGAGGCUCUGGUGGCCAAACAGGAAGUGAUUGACAAACUGAAGGAAGAGGCUGAGCAGCACAAGAUUGUGAUGGAGACUGUUCCAGUCCUGAAAGCCCAGGCGGAUAUCUACAAGGCAGACUUCCAGGCUGAAAGGCAGGCCCGGGAGAAGCUGGCUGAGAAGAAGGAGCUUCUGCAGGAACAGCUGGAGCAGCUACAGCGGGAGUACAGCAAGCUGAAGGCCAGCUGUCAGGAGUCGGCCAGGAUUGAGGACAUGAGGAAGCGGCACAUAGAGGUCUCCCAGGCUCCGUUACCCCCUGUGCAGGCCCACCCAUCUUUUCACAUGGCCCUGCCCAUCCAGAGGAGAAGCCCCCCUGAGGAGCCACCUGACUUCUGCUGUCCCAAGUGCCAGUAUCAGGCUCCUGAUAUGGAUACCCUGCAGAUACAUGUCAUGGAGUGCAUUGAGUAGGGCCAGCGAACACAAGGCCAUCUGCAGAUGACACACCCAAUACCAUGCAGUGUCUGCUUUCCUUUUCCACCUGGGAUUAAGGACUAGGUGACAGAGCAGACUGCUGCUCCAUGCCCUGGGAGCUGGCUGCAGGGCCUUGUGCUUCAGCCCUACUGGCCUCAGGAGCCACAUCUCUUAGGUUAGGCCUGGUGCUCUGCUCUUUCUGUUCCAUUCUGUUCGCUUAAACCACAUGCCUCUGGGGCUGGUCCCUUCCUCUUCUUCCAGUCCACAGCCAGGAUGUCAAGAAGUGAGGCUGGGGGCUCUCAGGGAGAGCUGUGCCUCCAAGCAGAGAUGGGCAGUAGCUUUUCCUCCAACCAGCUGUGAUUCACCCUUCCCUGUGCUCAAGGCCUGCUGCACCUUUGCUGUGCACACCACUGUACUCCUUUUGGGCUGCAUGCUGUUCCGUUUUGUGGUCAGACCAUGGCAUAUUUAACUGGUCCCACUUGACGGACAUUUGGAUUGUUUUCCAAUCUUUCGCUAUCAUAAACAAUGGUGCAGUGAAAAUCCCUGUGUAUCACUUGUGUGUAUUUUGGGGAUAGAUUUAACAAGGGGGACUGUGGAACAUGUAUGACGCUGGGGUGGAUGAUACUUGGAGCUUGCUUUCUUGCCCCUGCCCCUUGGUCCCCAUAGCCUUGCCAAGGAGGGAGUGGGCAGACCUUCAGAUGUUUGCCAUCUACUGGGCUUGUAGUUUCACUAUUAGAAGUAAGCAUAAACGUCUUUUCAGAGGUUUAAGGGCCCUUUUCAGUUGUGCUGUGAGAGGGCUGUCUGUAU